UUUCAACCAUGAACUAACCUAAAAUCUGUCAAGUAAUCGUUAAAUAUCUAUCAAAAAUGUCUAAAAAGCGCAAUUUUCUCCUAAUUUUCUUAAUAAUCCCUUUAAUUGCAUAUACAAAAGCUGAUUUAAACGAUCAAUCCCAAGAAAAUGACGACAAAGAACGCUAUAUAAUCGAAGGAAAAGUGUAUCCUUUCGACGCCCCAUUUUCUCAACAAAACUGGCAAGCAAAUACAAAAAUUCAAUUAAACGGUGGUGAGUACUUGGGUUUUGUUAAAGAAGACGGCUCAUUCAUCGUUCAUAACAUCCCAUCGGGAUCAUUUAUUCUCGAAGUAAUAAAUCCUGAGUUAUCGUAUGAACCUGUUCGUGUUGAGAUCAAUUCUAAGGGAAAAUACCGAGCUCGAAAAGUAAAUCAUAUCCAAACAGCUCAAAUAAUUCAAGUGCCAUAUCCGUUACGUUUGAAACCGUUGGGUAAAACUAAAUAUUUUCAAAUUCGGGAACAAUGGAGGGUUACCGAUUUUAUUUUCAAUCCAAUGGUUCUUAUGAUGGUUUUACCUUUAAUUUUGGUGAUGGUUUUACCAAAAAUGAUGAACGAUCCGGAAACAAAGAAAGAAAUGGAAAAUUUGGGGAGUUUAACUAAAUUUCCGGAUGUUUCCGUUUCUGAUUUUGUGACAAAUUGGUUUACCGGGAAUCCCCCAAAUCAACAACAACAACAACAGGGAAAUAAAAAGAUUAAAGCCAAAAGGGCGGUACAAAGACAGUAGAAAUUAAUUUUAACAAUUUUUAUUUUUUGGGUAGACUUUUGUAGCAAGAUGAUAAAUUUAAAUAGUAAUUCUUG